AUGUUUCCACACACCCCUUUCCCCUUUUUUGCUCUCUCCUCAGACCCAGACUUUGCAGACCUGGGAGUGCCCCCACCUCUGCCCUCCUGCCAGUAUGAAAUGGUUGGUCCGGAAGGUAUUGUUGAGUCUCAUCAGAUCACCAGGGAUGGGAAGGCGGGUGCUACUGAGGCUGUCGAUUGUAAAUGGUACAUCCGCGCUCCGCCUCGCUCCAGAAUCUAUCUACGUUUUCUGGAAUAUGAGAUGGCAAAUUCCAACGAAUGCAAGCGCAAUUUUGUGGCAGUUUAUGACGGUGGCAGUUCGGUGGAAGACCUGAAAAGCAAGUUCUGUUCCACGGUGGCCAACGACAUCAUGCUGGUCUCUACGCUCGGAGUGGUGCGCAUGUGGGCAGAUGAGCUGAGCCGCAAAAGCCGCUUCCGCAUCCUUUUCACAACCUAUCACGAACCUCCGUGUGAUGCCGAUGCCUUCUUUUGUCACAGUAACAUGUGCAUAAACUACACGCUGGUGUGUAACGGCAUUCAGAACUGUGUCUACCCAUGGGAUGAGAACCAAUGUAAAGAGAAAACUAAUACCAAAUUCCUGGACAACCUGAACACCAUUAACGGGGCCAUCAUUGGCGUCACCUGUUGCAUCGUCUUCAUCCUGCUGAUCGUGUCUGUCGUCGUCCAGAUCAAGCAGCCCCGCAAGAAGUACAUCUUGCGGCGCGAGGACUUUGACCCCACCAUGUUUCAGGAGGUCUUCGAGCCCCCCCACUACGAGCUGUGCACUCUGCGGAGCGCCGCCGCGCCCGCGGCAGCCUCGGCCGACCUGGUGGACCUGGCCGAGGACCUGGAAAACUACCACGCCCUCCGCAGCGCCUCCUCCCGCUGCGUCUACGACCACCACUGUGGCUCGUCCUCCAACCCCGGCUCGGCGCACGUGUCCCAGCUGUCCCUGGCGGGACGCGGCAGCCGCUGCAACCUGAGCGGCCGCGACCCGGCGGCCGGCCCCCUGCUCACGGACCUCCCGCAGCCCCCCAUGGCCGUGCGGCCCCUGCUGCCCGCCGCGGGGAACCGCCGAAGCAUCCUGGUCAUGAAGCACAGCUACUCACAGGAGGCAGCGGAUAACGGGUGCGACCUGGACGACGACAUGGAAGAAGUCCCCACCACCAGCCACCGGCUUUCACGCCACGAAAAGGCAGUACAGCGACUUCUUGAGAAUAGUGCUAUCCUGGAUCAGUAUGAACGGGCGUCACUGACUUAUGAAAAAGCGGAGCGGAGAUUCACACCAGCAUGA